CCUCCCCAGCGCUGGCCGGGGGCGUCUUCCCAGAUUUGUAGCCGCAUGACCCUCCGCACCGCCGAAUCACCACCCACGACGACGACGACGACGGCGACAUGGGGCUGAAGGGCUUCGUCGAGGGCGGCGCCGCCUCCGUCGUCGCCGGCUGCUCCACGCACCCGCUCGACCUCAUCAAGGUCCGCAUGCAGCUCCACGGCGAGCUGCCCCCACCUGCCCCCGCCAUGCGCUUCGCCCUCGUCUUCCCCUUCCCGCAGCACCACCACCACGACCUCCUCCACCCGCCGCCGCGCAAGCCCGGGCCCAUCGCCAUGGGCGCCCAGAUCUUGCGCGCCGAGGGCCCCACCGGGCUCCUCUCGGGGGUCUCCGCCACCGUGCUGCGCCAGGCCGUCUACUCCUCCACCUCCAUGGGCCUCUACGACACCAUCAAGCGCCGGUGGGAGCGGGACUCCGGCGGCGCCCCGCUCCCGCUGCACCGCAAGCUCGCCGCCGGGCUCGUCGCCGGCGGCGUCGGCUCCACCGUCGGCAACCCCGCCGACGUCGCCAUGGUGCGGAUGCAGGCCGACGGGCGCCUCCCCGCCGCCGAGCGCCGCAACUACCGCAGCGUCGCGCACGCCAUCGCCCGCAUCGCGCGCGACGAGGGCGUGCGCAGCCUCUGGCGCGGCUCCUCGCUCACCGUCAACCGCGCCAUGAUCGUCACCGCCUCGCAGCUCGCCACCUACGACCAGGCCAAGGAGGCCAUCCUCUCCCGCCGCGGCCCCGCCGCCGACGGGCUCGCCACGCACGUCGCCGCCAGCUUCGCCGCCGGCCUCGUCGCCGCCGCCGCCUCCAGCCCCGUCGACUGCGUCAAGACCAGGGUCAUGAACAUGAAGGUGCAGCCCGGCUGCCCGCCACCCUACGCCGGCGCGCUCGACUGCGCCAUCAAGACCGUCCGGUCCGAGGGCGCCCUCGCGCUCUACAAGGGGUUCAUACCCACCGUUACGCGCCAGGGGCCCUUCACCGUCGUGCUCUUCGUCACGCUCGAGCAGGUUCGCAAGUUGCUCAAGGACUUCGAUUUCUGAAGC